AAAAUAUGCUUACAGGAAUUGGAGGCAAGGCUGAGAAACUAGAACGGAAGAAGAUAAAAGACUGGCUGCUUAAAUAUAACACACAAAAACCUAUAAUUGUUGAUCAUAUCUUUCCUAGCAAAUCAUCUGAUGAUAAGGACCUACAUUUUCUAGUGCAAUUCGAACUGGAUCGCUUUGAUCAUUCGGUUGUUGAUAGGUCUCAUGAAGAACAGAAGGGAGCUAGCAGAAGGAAGUUAAAAUCAUAUAUUCAGCUGUCGUUCACUCUAUUUCACAAGAAACUACGAAAAUUUUUCGGUCGGACUUACACCUCGUCCCUUCUAUUGGGAAAACUUGUAGAUGGGAGGUUCUCGAUUAGAAACAUUAGCCAGGAAAUGUAUGUCAGUCUAAAGGAGCCUAACGAAGACUUGUACUUAAUCAUCGAUGUGCUGAUAGUCACAAAAACUAUCACAGAUACAGAAGAUACAUCGUAUUUCUCUGGAGGAUACUAUCACGUACAGUUAUUCCCGAACAAGCGGAAGAAUGAAACAACUAUUUGAUAUUUAGAGAACCAGACUCCAAGAGGACUCAUGGUCAAAACCCGUUCAAGAGAUCCACUCUCCACGGGCGAAAACGCUCCAGAUGCCAGAUGCAUGAUGAAACAAUUCGAUAAGAAAAGAGAUAUUGAGGUGUACAAUAAGAUUUGCAAAUAUCUUCCUCCAAAUACCAUAGCCGGUAAGGACGAUGAAAUCCCAGGUGUGAGAGACAUCAUUGAUGCAAGAGGAGACCUUGGCUUUUCCUUCCUAAAGGAUACUUUACAUGUUCAUGAUCUGCAUAUCUGUGUAAAAAAGGGAUGGGAAUCAACUUUAAUGGAAGAUAUAAGCUAUCCAUUGUCUAGAAAAUAUAACUUUUUGAUCGAAAACUGGAGGGAUGUCAUUAGAAUUAGUGAAAGAAAACUGAUCAUCAAAGUUCACAAUACUUGGAAUGCCAUUCAAGAGCAUUCAAUAACCUUGAAGUAUAAUAAAGAAGAAACUGAGUUGGAAGCCUCUGGUAUCGUCAAGUUGAAAGAUGUGUUCUUGCAUCCAAGUAUUGCUAUUAUUUUUCAACUUGAAUACUCUCUUAAGAUAAAAUCAGCCAAGGAAAGAAACGAGCAUGCUCAGGUCUUAAUAGGAAAUGCCAUUGUAAUUCCUGCUUCAAGAAAAGCUGAAUUCAAAAGAAGCAAUUUUAUUACUGAAAUGCAGACAGGUCCUCAUCCCUCACUGGAAGGAAUGACACAGUGGACGCCUAAGAAAAUGAUAAACAAGCGCAAAGAAGAAAUCACUCUGAGCUUCACUUUGAAAGGAAUUUUCGCUCCCACAGACACUUUACGGAAACUCAAAAAUGAAAAAGAGUCUCCAAGAAUCAUCAAAAUUGAAAAUAAAGAAGACAAGAAGAAAAUAGAAAAACUUGAGCAAGAAAAUAGAGAAAAAGAGAAGCUUUACCUAGAACAAAAGAAGAAAUUGGAAUCUGAAGGAGUGAAACGAUCCGAUACUGAAAACAUGAAGCUCACUGAACUUAGAGAAGAAAACCGCCUACAACUUGAUGCGAAGGAGGAGGAAAUCAAAAGGCUGAAGGAAAGACUCAGGAAUAAAGACAAAACUCCUAAUAAAAGAAAAUCUGACAAGAAGGCAAGUGCUUCUAAAAACAGGUCUACAUCUAAGAAAUCCAGAGAUAGAUCUCAGCUUAGUGGAGACGAAGAGAUGAUAGAUACAUCUGUUGGGAAAAGAACUGUAAUUAAGUCAGGCAUGGACUCUGAUGAGGUCAUGAAACUGAUUAAAACAGUCGUUGAGAGCACUAAUGCUGGCAUCCCUCUGGAGACCCAGACAUUGGGGAGAACAGGAGCAAUCCCUCAAGACCUUUCUAACGAGUUCUUAAAGGAUCUAGAAACAAUACAGAAGGAUAAAAUAAACUUCAUUGGUGCAAAAGGAGGACAUUCUGUUAUGAACUCAACUGCUCUUACUAAGAGAGACAAGAGGAUCUUAGCAAAUCUAGGACUUAGUAAAGGAUUGAUGGACGAAGAUCUUGACGAAUUCCUUGCAGGAGAGCCUAGUCUUGAGAAAGAGCUUUCUGAUCCAAAUACGGCUUGAAAAGUCUACUUAAAAUUUGUAGUUUUUAGACCUAUAGAUAAUGAGCAAAUUAGUCGAAAAAUACCUCCGAAGUUCAAUCUCACUUUCAAAUUUUUCACUUUCCCAGAGUCGAAUUCUACUGAGCUCAAGCUCAUUGAAAACGAAGAUGAAAGAGAUGUAGAGAAAGUUCAGCCUGAUAAAACCUAUGGAAUAGUCAGAAUCCAUUACGACGAGAAUCAAGCUGAUAUGGAAGAUAGAAAGGCAUGCAGGUUUGAGUUCAAAGUUGAUCCUUCCCUCAGUGGAAUCAAGGAUGAGAACAUAACACUGGUAAAAUACCUUAAAGAAAGAGUCUUAUCAGUAGACCUAUUUGAUUCAAACUCAAAAAUUCAUUUUGGAACUGCCAAACUUCCACUGACUAACUUGCUCAGGCAAGGUAAGGAGUUACAUUCUUCUGGCCAAGAAUGAGAUGUCUGUGAGCCAAAGUAUGGGAAACUUAUCGGAAGAAUUCAGACAAUCAUGACCAACAAGGUUGUACCUCCCACUGACCCAAACGCAGGGAAGUCAGCAGCCAGAAGAAACCAGCCUAAUCAGAAGAAGCAUAGGUACAAACAUGUGAAAUCUAAGCCAAUCUCCUUAGCAAAUGUUGGUGAAGGAAGCUUCCAAGAACAUCUGACUUCAUAUAUUUCAAAGAAAGACACUGAAGAUAAUGAGCAAGCAAAGAUGUUACUCAGAGUUGAAAGAAUGAACAAAAAGAAAAUGCUCAGAACAGCCCAAGAAACUGAGAAAUUGAAUGAUGGAGUUGAAGAGUGGCAGAAAAAGACUGCACUCAAUCAUAUUUCAUUCAUCAGAGAUCAGAAAAAGGAGGAACUUAUUGAUACUGUGAUUAAAAGUCAUAAGACCAUGGAGAAGGAAAUGGCAGUCAUGCCUGGAGAGCCCUCUUUCUUUUCCAUCAUGCUUAACAAUGCUUCUAAAAGAUCAGAUGUAUAUUCAGUAAAGAUUGAAGAUCCAGACGAAAAAGUAUUGCAAACCCCAGAACUUUGUCUCAUUUAUAAUAAUGACAAAGAGAACAGUGAAUGGAAAUAUUGGAGCCAGAACGGAAAAUGAGUGGAGCCUCCGUCAUGGGACAUUGUUGAUGAUGAGGGAAAUAUUUUCCUUGAUCCAGACCAAGAAUGUCCAAUUCUAUUCAAGUUCUUCUCGUAUAGAGAUGCAGUUGUUUCAAAUAAGAAAUCUGUGAUUAAUAACCCAAGGACUUUAACUCCAAGAAACAUAAAUAUCAAAAUAUAUCAGCAAAGUGAUGAGUCAUUGAUUAAAAAUAUUACUGUUAGCAUUGUUCCAAGACCAAACCCAGUUGAUCAUGUUUUCAGAUUUUACGAGCCUGAGAACACAUAUACUACAAUUACUCUGCCAACCUUCACAUCGAUUCCAAUUUCAGGAUUCCCUGACUUGUUUAUUGAAACAAGCAUGCCUCACAUAGUUCCACAUAUCAUUGAGAAUAACCAAGUUCAGAUUGAGUUAAGAACUCCUUUUAGCCCAGAAAUAUCCGUGUUUUCAGUUUAUAUUUACCAAAAUUCUUUCAAGAAUCAUAUCAUUGCAGCAUGUCAGAUCAAAGUUCAUGCCUUAACAGCAGUAUCUUCAAGGGUCAGAACUGGAGUCAGGAAGGCAAUUAAUUUGCCAAUCACUGGUUCAAGGAGACAGCAAUCGGUGAGGGUGUACACUGAUGAGCCAGAAGUAGCCAGUGAAGUCUCUCAGAGACCCAUAGAACUUGAAGCAGUUGGAAGCACAAAUGCUCAGCUCACAGUCAAAACGACUAAAUCUGAGCAAAAGAAUAUCCUUAUCAAUUGUGUUGAUGUCAGAACCCAAACCUUAGUUCAAUCUUAUUUACUUUGUAUUGAAUCCGAAAGACCGAGGAUAAAUCAGUCAUUUGUGACAAAGUGAUACAAAGGUAGAGAAAUGUGGCAGAAACUGCCAAUUAUUAACUCAGAAAACCGGGAUUUAGAAAUCGAAAUCACCUCUUCCAAGCCUGACCUCGUAAUCCCAGUCAAGCAGGUGCUGACCGUCCCUGCAGGUGAAACUCUCAAUGCUGUUCUCUACUUCCUGCCAUUCCCUAAGAGGGCAAAACGCGAAGUGUAUAUCUUCAUCAACCAGGCUCGUAGAGAAAAGUCUUCGUUCAACCACAACUAUCUCUUAGAAAUAGAAUACACAGAGUCCUAG